CGGCGACAUCCAAUUAGUGUGAACAAUGUCAUCCAGGAAAGUAACCUACAUCCAGCACUCGGGAUGUUCUGGUGGCGGCAAUCGCAUCGUAACUGUCACGAAACAUUUUUCUGGAUCCGGAUCGGUACAACAAAUGAUGGCCAUACCUUCGUUGACACCGGUAGUGACCUAUCCAAGCAGUGGUAGUGGCGGUGGAGCCAGUUCGUCGUCCUUCGAUGCUGCCGUUUUGGCCGAACAUAAUCAACUACGUGCCAAGCACUCGGCCGCCCCGUUAACGCUCGAUUCAACCCUCAGCAGCUGCGCACAGGAAUGGGCCAAUAACAUAGCCAGCCGGAAUUGCAUGCAACAUCGGCCAAACAAUCGUUACGGUGAGAAUAUUUACGCUUCCUUCGGCAGAACGAAUGUUUCAGGAGAAGAGGUGGUCCGAUCAUGGUACAAUGAAAUCAAGGACUACCGUUUUGGACAGGCCAAUCCCAGCAACUUCAGUCAGGUGGGCCAUUUCACUCAGGUGGUUUGGAAGAGUUCAACAAAGCUGGGAGUGGGAAUCGCUAAGAAUGGGACUAAUGUGUACGUCGUGUGCAACUACGGUCCCCCAGGAAACUUCAGUGGACAAUACCCGGCUAAUGUUACUCGCAGCUAAUUGUUCACUUGACAGUUUGUGAAAUGGUUAGUUUUAAACUGUAGAUUUU